UGUCGGGAAAGGAGGGGGCUUUCCUUUGCCGGCUGUCUGCGGGCGAGGGCGGGCCAGCUAAGCAGCCUGCCUCCCAGUCCCGUAGUUUUUUGCCUCCCCACCCCUCGCUCCACGAAGGCGGGAGAAGCAAGCCCUUGCUUCUAUCUCACUGGCGCUGCCCGCCUGGAUGGGCGGGCGCAGGAGGCGGGUGUGGACUGGGACAACAGUCGCACAGCUCGAAGCAAGACGCGUAGGAGCGGAGUUAGUGCUGAGAGAGGGUCGCAUCGGGGGGUUCCCUGCAGCACUUCGUAAGGACUCUGGAGCAGGGCUCAAUGAACGAACGGGUACCAGCGGUGGCUCCGACAACAGACGCCGCCUCCGACGUGGUGUCUGUCUGGUUCCGGGCUGUGCGUUACAGCCGGGAAUGAAAUGUACCCUUGUAGCCCUAAGCCUAUGCAGGUUUACUCAGAAGUAAGCCGCGCUGAGUUUAAUGUGACCUAUUAAGCGUGUAUAGGGACUGCAGGUUUAUAAGCGUGUAUAGGGACUGCGCAAGACUGUAGUCCUUUGAAAGGUUGCUUGUGCUUUAAACGCCGCCAGGCCGCCUUGUGGGCUGCAAACGUGGGUCUUUCUGCCCCGGGUUGGUCCUUGCUGCUGGUCCUUCGGGCCUCAUGGAGAAGCCAAAGGUCGACGAGCCGUUCUCUCACCCCUUGGAGCCCGACGCUGACCCACAAGCUGGCAAGGCGCUGGGGGAGAAGCGCUUCAAGCUGUGGUACGUGGGCUGUUCGUGCCUGGAUAGGCGCACCACGCUGCCCAUGCUGCCUUGGCUGAUGGCGGAGAUCCGACGGCGCAGCCAAAAGCAAGAGCCCAGCUCUGUGCCUGCCCGGGAAGUGGUGCUCCUGUUGGGCUCGCCUAACCUGCGCUGCAUCCCAUCCGCCAGCAGCGCGGCUAACCCGGCGGUGUUCAUCUUCGAGCACAAGGCGCAGCACAUCUCCCGUUUCAUCCACAACAGCCACGACCUCACUUAUUUCGCAUAUCUGAUCAAAGCGCAGCCCGACAACCCCGAGUCCCAGAUGGCCUGCCACGUCUUCAAGGCCACCGACCCUAACCAGGUUCCAGAUGUAAUCAGUAGCAUAAGGCAAGUUUCCAAAGCAGCUCUAAAAGAGGAUGUCAAGCCUAAUAAAGAUAGUGAAGAUGCCUUCUACAACUCUCAAAAAUUUGAGGUUCUGUACUGUGGCAAAGUGACAGUAGCUCACAAAAAGGCCCCUUCUACCCUGAUUGAUGACUGCAUUGAGAAGUUCAACCUGCACGAGCGUCAGCGCCUGAAACUGUUGAGUGACCAGCGGAAUGCAGAAUCUAGCACAGACCUUGUGGAGUGUGAUGGGGAAGUGCCUUUGUCCCCCUUAGACAGUCCAUUUGAGGAGAUGGAUGGCCUAAAUGGUGGUAACCCUGGAAUGUUCAUAGUUGGAAGCCAGACCAACCUAGCCAGCCUGGCUAGUUCCCGUGUUUCUUUCCCUGAGCGCAUUUUGGAGGAUUCAGGGUUUGAUGAGCAGCAGGAAUUCCGCUCCCGGUGCAGCAGCGUCACGGGUGUCAUGCAAAGGAAGGUUCAUGAUAAUAGUUCAAAAACACAGUCCCGAAGACGACACGCAAGUGCCCCUAGCCAUGUCCAGCCGUCUGACUCUGAAAAGAACAGGACAAUGUUGUUUCAGGUUGGUCGAUUUGAAAUCAAUCUCAUCAGUCCAGAUACUAAAUCCGUUGUGUUUGAGAAGAACUUUAAAGAUAUCUCCUCAUGUUCUCAGGGCAUAAAAUACAUAGAUCACUUCGGUUUUAUUUGUCGAGAAUUUACUGAACCUUCAAUAAAUCAAUAUGUUUGCUAUGUGUUCCAGUGUGCAAGUGAAUCUCUGGUUGAUGAGGUAAUGCUCACUCUGAAACAAGCAUUUAGCACUGCUGCAGCCCUCCAAAGUGCCAAGACUCAGAUUAAACUGUGUGAGGCCUGUCCAAUGCACUCAUUGCACAAACUCUGUGAAAGGAUUGAAGGUCUUUAUCCACCAAGAGCUAAACUUGUGAUUCAGAGGCAUCUGUCCUCUCUUAGUGACAAUGAACAAGCUGACAUCUUUGAGCGUGUACAGAAAAUGAAGCCUGUUAGUGACCAAGAAGAAAAUGAGUUUGUGAUCGUACUUCUGCGACAGUUGUGUGAAGCUAAACAAAAAAUCCAUGUGCAUAUUGGAGAGGCCCCAAUGCAGAAUGCCUCCAACACCACAGUUCCAGAAAAUGCAGCCACCAGUGGGAGAUUCAAUCUUGACAUUCUGAAAAACAAGGCCAAGAAAUCCUUGACCAGCUCUCUAGAAAACAUUUUCUCAAGGGGAGCUAACAGAAUGCGUGGCCGUUUGGGGAGCAUGGACAGCUUUGAAAGGUGCAACAACCUCACUUCUGACAAAGACUGCUCUUCUGGGGAGUCUCCUCCCACAACCCCCCCUGCUUCCCCUGUAUCCUCGGUUUGGCAGCCGUUCCCAGAAGAGGAUUCUGAUUCACCCCAGUUCAGAAGGCGUGCACACACAUUUAGCCAUCCGCCGUCCAGCUCAAAGAAGAGAAUUACUUUCCAAGAUGGGAGAUCCCAAAGUGUCAAGUCUUCACUCCUGAGACAGAACUCUGUGGAGCAUAGUAGGCUGACAACUGGCCGACGUGCUUGCAGUGAGAGUGAAUCAUCUGCACCGUCGAAUCUCCCUUCUUCCUUCUCUGCCCCAUCUUUCCUGAAAAGCUUUUACCAGAGCUCAGGAAAACCAUCUCCUCUGUCUGAAAAUGAACUCCCUCGGAGUGAUGGGGAAAGAAGGAAAAGGACCUCCUCUGUGUGCAGCAAUGACUCUCUAAAUGCUGGUGGAAUUAUUUUUACCCCCCGCCGGAUCUCCUGGCGGCAGAGAAUCUUCCUAAGGGUGGCAUCACCCAUGAAGAAGUCCCCCUCAGCAAUGCAACUGCAAGAUGGGGGUGAUGGAAAUGAAUUGUUACCACUGUCUCCUCUUGCCCUAUCUUUGGAUGAAGACCCCCUUGUUUCCUUAUUGCAAAAUGAUGAUGUUCAAGAUAGGACUGGGGAGAAAAAGAACUCUGAAGAGCUGCAGAGUCUGUGGAGAAAAGCCAUCCAUCAACAAAUACUGCUACUUCGGAUGGAAAAGGAAAACCAGAAAUUGGAAGCAAGCAGAGAUGAGCUCCAAUCCAGAAAGGUUAAACUGGCGUACGAGGAAGUUGGUAUGUGUCAGAAAGAUGCUAUCAAUAUCUGGGAUAAGAAGCUGUUGAAUUGCAGAGCCAAAAUCAGAUGUGACAUGGAAGAUAUUCAUGCUACUCUGAAAGAUGGUGUACCAAAAAUUCGCCGGGGAGAAAUCUGGCAAUUUCUUGCUGUGCAGCAUCGUGUGAGACAUCGACUGCCAAAUAAACAGCAGCCCCCUGACAUCUCUUAUAAAGAACUCCUGAAACAGUUGACUGCUCAGCAACAUGCUAUCCUUGUAGAUCUAGGAAGGACCUUCCCAACACAUCCUUACUUCUCUGCUCAAUUAGGAGCAGGGCAGCUGUCACUCUUCAAUCUUCUGAAAGCUUAUUCCUUGCUGGACAAGGAGGUGGGUUACUGCCAAGGUAUCAGCUUUGUAGCUGGAGUGCUGCUUCUCCACAUGAGCGAAGAACAAGCCUUCGAGAUGCUCAAAUUUCUCAUGUAUGACCUUGGCUUCCGGAAGCAGUACAGGCCGGACAUGAUGUCACUACAGAUCCAGAUGUACCAGCUGUCAAGGCUCCUCCAUGAUUAUCACAGAGACCUUUACAAUCAUCUUGAAGAGAAUGAAAUCAGCCCUAGCCUUUAUGCUGCACCCUGGUUUCUUACUUUAUUUGCCUCACAGUUUCCAUUGGGAUUUGUAGCCAGAGUGUUUGACAUUAUUUUUCUUCAGGGAACAGAAGUCAUAUUUAAAGUAGCACUAAGUCUGCUUAGCAGCCAAGAGGAACAUAUCAUGAUGUGUGAAACUUUUGAAAGCAUUGUUGAGUUUCUUAAAAACACUCUUCCAGACAUGACAAACCCCCAAAUGGAAAAGAUUAUGACACAGGUAUUUGAGAUGGAUAUUUCCAAACAGCUCCAUGCCUACGAGGUGGAGUACCAUGUUCUGCAGGAUGAACUGCAAGAAAACUCUAAUCCAUGUGAUGAUGGUGAAGCUCUAGAGAAACUUGAAAGGGCAAACAAUCAGCUGAAGAGGCAGAAUAUGGACCUCUUGGAGAAACUACAGGCAGCUCAUGCAAAAAUCCAGAAUGUGGAAUCAAACCUGGAAGAUGUCUUGGCAAGGGAGAACAAAAUGAAGAGCUUAAUCCAGUCACUGGAACAAGAGAAGGCACUCUACAGAAAGACUAUUGAGAAGAUCUGUCAAUACUUGCCCAAAGAAGUGCUGCCUGACUGUGAACAGCUGCUAAAGGAAGCAAACUGUAACAUAAGCAAAAUUUUAAAAUAAGCCAUAAGUAAAGUGCUGCAGGCAACACGGUUCCGAACAAUAAAGAGACGAACAUAGAAGAUGAACAUGCAUAAUCUCAAACGGGUACUGGGAUUCUUUUAGCAGCAGAGAGGCCUUUGAAAUCUUGAUAUGCAAAUCCCAGGUUAAAUGUUUUUAAUAAUGUGUGUACAUAAGUGGCAAUGCAAAAAAAAAAUUGAAUCUAGCAAAUUGAUGUGAAGGAAAAGGGAUGAAAGCCCACCCUUUCAGACCGUUGGUAACUUCAGUGUCAACCACAAUAUGUUCUUUUGACAUGUAGUGAAAGAAACAUGUUGUGUCUUUCUAUACGUUGAUUAAUACUUGAAAAAAAAGAAUGUAAUUUUACCCCCUCCAAAGAAGAGCAUGUUUCCUGUUUUAGUUGGGGAUUUCUCAUGUUUUUGUGUAGGGUUUUUGUUUCUCAACAUUUUUGUGGGGAAAAUCCCUGUGACAUGCUGUAAUUAAUUGUACUGACUUACGUGCAACAAUAAUUCUGACUGGCUGUCAUUUUGUGGCUCUGCUGCUGAGAAGAGCUAAACGGUGCCAGGUUGCUUCCACUGCAUGUAGAAAAGUGAUGAUGCCUUAUUUUUCCCCAGCUCUGCUUCAAGGGGUCAGGAAAAGCAAGUAUUAGAAGCUGCUCUUAUCUCUUUCUCCUUUGCCCCCCUGCACUGUGGUGUGAAAUUAGGAGCUGAAACAGACCCUUGGUAUGCAGGAUGUAUCUGUUGCUGGGUCUGUGCCAUAACGAACAGCAGGUAGAAGAUGAAAUGCGUGAAUAUUCUCUGCAUAAAAUCCUCGCUUCAUGUACAGAACUAGCAUGUUAAGGAAAAAGUUCUAGGGGUAGCGAGCUCUGUAUAUGCGUGAAUUAAUUUAUGUGGGGAAACAUUCAAAGGUUUCAUCGUCUCUUACCUGUUCUCUGACAUGAUACACACCAACAGAUAAAUUACACAGGGUUUUGCUAGUCUGUAGUAGCACAUAAGAUAAUCUUCCAUUUGAAUGCUACUUCUUGCGGUUUAAUAUAUGGUAAUUACAUGGUUUCAAGGAGCCAAAGAAACCUUGUAAGAUUCCCCACCCUCUCUGUGUAAAGGGCCAAUGACCCGUCCAGCUUUUUUACUUUAUUGGGACAUGGGCACUGAAUAAAACUUCAGGAUUCUUUAUGUGAAAUAUUAUAAUGCAUCAAAGAUAUACUUGCCUCAGACAAGCAUGUAGGCUUUAACAGUGUUCACUCUGCAGGGAAGUUGUCCAAAUCUAGCGGUUAGUACAUUUCAGGUUAAAACAUCUCUGUAGUAACACCAUUUGUUUGUUUGCUUUUUUAAAAAAGUAAAAUUCAAAACCAAUAGACACAGUUUGAUGCUUUUCGUGCAGCUUCUAUUCUUUUACUAGCUUCUGCUGUGCAGUUCUGAAGAUCUGUUGUUUUUGGAAGUCACUUCUGUCAUGUAGACCAGACACUGAAGUCAAUAUUUGAUCGGAGGAAGCUAUGAAAAUAGUUAAUCAUACACAGGAAAUUUGCAUUUUGGAACAUGCUUGAAUUCCAAUGGGAAUUCGUUACUUUUGAUAAUAAGCCAAGUGCCAAACUCAGCCAAGUGUCUUACUGUUAUGUGUAGGGUGAGGUGGGGAAGGUGCCAAUGUUUGUAAUAUGCAUUAUGCAAGUAACAAGCAAAACUGAGGCACAACAAAGUUGGUUUGCUGAUCUAUUUCUGCAAUCUCUGGCUUUUCUCUCCUUGUUAGAUGAUAAUAUUGAUGGGAGUGAUUGCCAUAUGCUUAGUCCAACAGGAAUGAACAAAAUGAAUGGGUGACAGUGUAGGUAGUUCAGUAGUGCAAGACAGAUUUCUAAUAGAUUGUACCUAGUAUUAUUUUCUUGCUAUGGUUGCCUCUUACCAAAUGUAUAGACGCAUGGAAUCUGGUGAAAUUGUACUAACAUUGCAUUUUACCGGAUGGAGGGGGGAAAACAGCUCUCUCUCUUUUGCAGUUUUAUUUGAGGCAAUCUUGUGCAUACAGUCUGAGAGAACUGUUGAACUGUGUACUGCAGUGAUCACGUUGUUAAGACACACAUUGCAAUUUUUUUUAAAAAAAUUUAGAGGCAGAGAAAGUUUCACCCUACGUUGGACUUACUGACUUACUCAUGUAUCAUCUGGAGAGUUUCCAAUAAAUGGCAUUGCUGCGUU